AUGCUGUAUGCGGAAAUAAAUGAUUCAGCGUUCCCGAGACUAGCUGCUCAAGUAGCUACACUUAUAAAGAAACAAAAAAAGCACGACAAAAUGAAUAAAGAAGCGAAAAGUUUUCAAUUCGAAAAGCUGGUAGAACAACAAAGGCACAAAGAGAACUUAUGCUUAUUCAACACUUCGACAAAUGCUUAA